AUGAGACAAACGGAUAUUGGUCCCCGUGCUAGCACGGGGACGUCUACAUCUACUCAAUCGACUGAAGAAGAAAAGAAUGAAACAAUCACUCCAGUAUAUCCUUGGGCGACCUCGAGACAUGCCAUAGUCCACACUCUUGAUUAUCUUGUAUCAAAGGAAAUUACUAUUAUAUCAGGUGAGGUUCAAUGCCAGAAAUGUCAACAACAAUAUAAAAUUCAAUAUGAGUUGCAAGAUAAGGUUAAUGAGAUUGCUAAGUUCAUCUUCAAAAAUAGGGCACCAAAUAUUUGGAUGACCCCUAAUUUACCUAAUUGCAAAUAUUGCAACCAAAGAAAUUGUUUUAAGCCAAUUAUCUCAAAGGAUGAGUCAAUUAAUUGGCUAUUUUUGUUACUAGGACAAGCAACAGGAUUUUACAAGAUAGAUCAACUCAAAUAUUUUUGCAAGCAUACCAAGAUUCACAGAACAAGGCCAAAAAAUAGAUUUGUUUAUCUUACAUAUAUGGAACUAUGUAAGCAAUUAGAUCCCAGAAAAACCCCUAGACUAUGA